AUGAACAGAGAAACCAAAGACAAGGGGAAGCACUUAAGCCUUGUGAAGUACUUGAAUAAGGAUAUUGGUGGGGAAGAUAUAUCGUCAGAAUUUGCUGGAUUAGCUAUUGAACUUCCCACAUAUGGUGCUAGGCUUAGGAAUGAUCUGGCCGAGAAAGGGUUUAAUCCAGUACGGGUUCGAUUACUGUGGGAAAAGCAGCAGUGUAGAUAUGCGAUAGUGGAAUUUAAGAAAGAUUGGGCUGGAUUCUACAAUGCAAUGAUGUUUGAGAAGAGCUUUGAAGCUGAUCAUCAUGGAAAGAAGGAAUCUUACACAACACCUUAUUUGGUCGAUAAUAAAAUGUAUUGCUGGGUUGCCCUGGAUGAGCAUUUUAAUUCAGAAGGUGUAUUUGGUGACUUUUUACAGAAGAAUGGGGACUUGAUGACUGUUGCUGAUGUAGAAUCACAAGGAAACCGGAAAACUGGACAACUCAUCUCCAAUUUGACGAACACCAUAGAUGUUUUGAAGGCGCGUCUUGAUGAAAUUGAGAACAUAAAUUCGAAAGGCCUUGGCAAUAUAGGAAGUCAGAAAGUUGAAUGA